CAGCUUCUUCAAAGACGAGCCACUCGCCUCGUCCAGUGGAGAAGGAUUUGCCGAAGUGCAAUGAGGAGGAGGAUGAUAAAUUUAAUAGAUCGAUGAUUGAGCAAGGCACGUGUAUUGUGGCGCUGGAUGAACACAAUCCAGAACGCAUUUUAGGCUGUGUCAUUGCCGGCGUUCUGGUGCCCAGCAGUCUGGACUCUUUCGCUGCUCAAGCACUCGCAGCGAAAGACAACAUCUGGGGAAAAAUGGUAACUUUGCUAAUGAAAGCUUCAGUGGAAGGCAACGUUUACGAACGCUACGGAGUGUCCAAGGUGUUGCUCUCCCACAUGACUACGGUGGAUCCCUCAAUGCGUGGCAAGGGCCUGGGCACUCGCCUAGCCGCUGCGCUCAUGGAAGUUGGACGCAUCAAGGGCUAUGAAGUCAUGAUUGCCUUCUGCUCUAGUUUCUAUUCGGCGCGGCAGAAGCGUGCCAUGGGCAUGGAAUGCAUCUACUCCUUGGCCUAUGCGGACUACAAGGAUGAGAGCGGUGAGGUUAUAUUCAAGCCACCAGCUCCACAUACCCAUCUGCAGUUUUUGGCAAUCAGAUUAUAAAAUUCACACAGAAGU